AUGGCGAACCCCAAGCCGCGCGCCGAUACGCCUCUUCCCUCCGUAAUGCAGCCUCAGAAGAAGGAAACCUUUGGCAACCUCGCCCCAUGGAGCGAACCGUCGUGGUACUCCGCCCUCGCCUCCCCCUACUACAACGAGUCGCACAAGAAACUGCGCGAUGCGCUUCGCACAUACAUCGACACAAACAUAAAGCCGUACAUGCUCGAAUGGGAGGAAGCUGGUGAAGCUCCAGCCCAGGAACGGCACAAAUGGGCGCAGACUGGUUACGCAUUCGCAGACGUGCCAGAACCGUAUCGCCCACGCAAUGUUCCGGGGCCUGCGGGCAUACCGGUCGGCGAUUUGGACUUAUUCCAUCUGUUGAUCAUGACGGAUGAGAAUAGUAGGAUUGAGGGCGGUGUGGGCGUUGCUCUGGGCGGUGGCAGCGUGAUUGGUGCUCCACCGAUUGUACAUCACGGAACUGAGGAGCAGAAGAAGAAGUGGCUGCCGGGUCUGUUUACGUGGGAGAUCAGUUUCUGUCUAGGCAUCACUGAGCCGGGUGGUGGUUCCGACGUCGCGAACCUCCAGACUACCGCAACCAAAACCGAAGACGGACAACACUAUAUUGUCAAUGGCUACAAGAAAUGGAUCACUGGUAUGCCCUGGGCCACACACAUGACGACUGCCGUUCGCACGGGAGGACCUGGUGCCACUGGCAUCUCCGUCCUUGUCAUUUCCACUGACUCAUCCGGACUCACACACCGCCGCAUCCCCAACUCAGGGCAAAAGGGUGGAGGCGCAAGCUUCGUGGAGAUGGACGAUGUCCGCGUCCCUGUAUCCAACCUUGUUGGCAAAGAGAACGAAGGCUUUCGAAUUGUGAUGACCAACUUCAACAAGGAACGCUUCAUCAUGAGCAUAGGCUGCAACAGGAAAGCGCGAACCUGUCUGAGCGAAUCUUUCCACUACGCACAUAAGCGACACACAUUCGGCAAGCCUCUCAUCGCCAACCAGAUCAUUGCGCAUAAACUCGCUACAAUUGGCCGGUAUGUAGAGAGCCACUGGGCAUGGCUCGAGCAACUCGCAUACCAUAUCCAGCAAUCUCCGCUCGGCUGGCAGGAUCCGGAGAUUGCGGGCCAGAUCGCCUUGUGCAAGGUGCACGGCGGCCGUAUACUCGAGAUGGCGAACCGAGAGGCGCAGCAGAUAUUCGGUGGAGCUGGAUAUCAGAAGGGUGGGCCUGGUGCUAUUGUCGAGCAGAUUAGUCGGGAUCUGAGGAUGAUGGUUGUGGGUGGCGGCAGUGAGGAAAUCAUUGCUGAUUUGGCGGUCAGGCAGGAGACGGCGCUUUCGAAGAAGCGGGGAUGGAAGUUGUAA